UGAACUUGGCAUGCCUCUCUCAGUGGUUCUGUGAGAACUUCUCAGGAACUUCCACAGUCUUCGCCAGCUCUAUUUCUAAGGAAGUCGAAACAUUCGAGAGAAAAUUUCUCAAUCAGAACGGAGAUCUAAUCUGCCGUCUUUAUAUUGGCGAUCCAAAAUAAUAAGGCAUUACACUAAAGUGAGGCUAAAAAGAAAUUUUCGUAAACUAAGUUGCAGUUUUAAAGCCAUCUCAACAACGACGAAAAAACAGUCGAUUGUAUUUAGAAUGAGCUUAUAGAUAGUUUGUUGUAUAUCCUGAACGAAGAUAGAAGAUUCACUGAUAGGUGAAUAGUUCAAAGUUUUUGGUUAUAAAUCCGAUCAGGGCACCGGUAAACCAAGUAUUUAUUUACUAGGGAGUAAAUUAGGAAUAAACUUUCAAGAAACUUAUGAAUAUUUUUUAAUAUUCAGUGCUGUGUCCGUCCAUUUAUAAGUAGGCAGAUUUAUGAACAAAAUUGCUUUGCAAAGCGUACGAAAAAUGCUCAAGAUAAUAGAUAUUGGUGCGAACCUGACGGACCCCAUGUUCCAGGGUGUCUACAAUGGAUCCGCCAAGCACCAAGCUGACUUAGGCAACGUCCUAGAACGGGGCUGGGUUGCCGGUCUGGAAAAGGUGAUCGUCACUUGUGGCACCGUCUUCGACUGCGAACAGGCAUUUAAAAUUGUCAAUGAAAAUGACAAACUGUACACCACUGUUGGAUGCCAUCCCACUAGAUGUGGCGAGUUCGAGGCUGAUCCCGAUGGCUACUUCACUUCGCUGUGCAAUCAAAUAGACCAAAAUCGGGACAAGGUGGUGGCAAUAGGCGAGUGCGGUUUGGACUACGAUAGGCUGCACUUCUGCGAGAAGGACACCCAGAAGAAGUACUUUGAACAACAACUGAAACUGGCCGAGAAGUAUCAGCUUCCGUUGUUUUUACACUGCCGCAAUGCGCACGAUGACUUCAUUGAGAUCCUAACGAGGAAUUUGAACAAAAUUCCCAAACGAGGGGUGGUGCAUACUUUCGACGGAUCGCUGGAGGAUGCCCAAGCACUAAUAGAGUUAGGGUUCUACAUCGGCAUCAAUGGUUGCUCCCUGAAGACGGAGGACAAUCUAAAAGUGGCUGCGGAAAUACCGGAUAAUCGGAUAAUGGUCGAAACCGACAGCCCUUGGUGUGAAAUUCGACCUUCUCACGCCGGAUCGAAGUUCAUCAAGACAAAGUUCCCGUCAGUGAAGAAGAAGGAAAAAUGGGACAAAGACAUGCUCAUAGCGGGACGGUGCGAACCAGUUAUGAUAACGCAAGUGCUGGAAGUUCUCGCUGGAAUCAAGAGCAAACCCUUGGAGCAGCUUGCAGAGCAGUACUACCAAAACACAGUGGAGGUUUUCUUUCCGAAAUAAACGGGAUGCAGCUGCCUAGUUUUCAUAAAUAUCGCAUUCUUAUUUAAAUCGAGUUAAAUGUUAUUCAAACGAAACAAAUUCUUAUGUGAAUUAAAAAUCAAAACAGAAAAAAAAGUUCAGCAAGUA